CUGCUGUGUAGGUAGCGCUACGCCGCUUAUGCAUCACAGAAGAAGAGAAGGUGUCACUGCAGUGCAUGCCUGUAAUGAUGGCGGCCGCCUUGAGAGGAAGCCUGGUAACAUUGGUCAAGGGUCUGAGUAGUCCCCGAUGGCAGCAGCUGGCCUCUCGACCUCUGAGUGUGACUGCAGGUCUCUGCAGUCCAGAAGCUCCUCCGCCCCGCGCAGAUGCAACCUUUAAGGUCACAAUGGUACCAGGUGAUGGAGUGGGACCUGAACUAAUGACUGCUGUCAAAGAAGUGUUUAAGGCAGGUGAUGUUCCAGUUGAAUUUGAGGAGUUUCAUCUAAGCGAGGUACAGAACAUGGCCAGUGAGGAGAAGUUGGAGCAAGUGUUGUCAUCUAUGAUGACCAACAAAGUGGCAAUUAAAGGAAAGAUUCACACGCCCAUGGAGUUCAAAGGGGAGUUGGCCUCCUAUGAGAUGAGACUGAGGCGUAAACUGGACCUGUUUGCUAAUGUGGUUCAUGUGAACAGCCUGCCGGGCUACAGCACUCGCCACAACAACUUGGACCUUGUCAUCAUCCGUGAACAGACUGAGGGGGAGUACAGCUCCCUGGAACAUGAGAGUGUUUCAGGUGUGAUUGAAUGUUUGAAGAUCAUCACCAGGGAAAAAUCACGCCGCAUCGCCAAGUUUGCCUUCGAUUAUGCCACUAAGAAGGGACGAAGCAAGGUUACUGCUGUUCACAAGGCUAACAUCAUGAAACUGGGUGACGGCCUGUUUCUGCAGAGCUGUGCAGAGGUGGCCCAACUGUAUCCCAAAAUCAAAUAUGAGAACAUAAUCAUUGAUAACUGUUGCAUGCAGCUUGUCCAGAACCCGUACCAGUUUGAUGUGCUGGUGAUGCCCAACCUUUACGGUAACAUUAUUGAUAACCUGGCAGCGGGGCUGGUCGGAGGAGCCGGGGUUGUUCCUGGAGAAAGCUACAGUGCAGAGUAUGCUGUCUUUGAGACUGGUGCACGUCACCCCUUUGCACAAGCUGUAGGAAGGAACAUCGCCAACCCCACAGCCAUGCUGCUCAGUGCUGCUAACAUGCUCAGGCACCUCAAUCUCGAAUAUCACUCCCAGAUGGUGUCGGAUGCUGUCAAGAGGGUCAUCAAACAGGGCAAGGUACGGACACGAGACCUUGGUGGGUACUCUACCACUGGCGAUUUUGUGCGUGCUGUUGUGGAAAACCUGCGUCACCGACCUGUUUACUAAGAUGUGUCGACCUCCUCCCCGAUAUUACUUUUUACCUGGACAUUAUCUUAACAUGACCUGGACGCAUGUUAAGGUUCACCUCCCCUUCACUGCUAAUUUUUGCCACACAGUUUGGACAAAAACAAUUGUUUGCUAUCUAAUAUUUAUAGUUUAUACUGGGUUUUCUAAUAUAAACAAUGAAUCAGUCAUGCUUGUGUUGUUUUUUUUGUUGACCUUUACAUCUUUAAUCCCAUUUUCACAUGGACCAUCACAUUUCCUCAUUGUGUUUCUCCAUUUUUGAGUUUCUAAACCAUGUUUGUCCCUCACCUUAUGUCUGUACUAAGUCAUGCUGUAGAGCUGUGUACGGUGAUAUUUUGGUUUCAGUGAUAUCAAGCAGAGAUGUACUGUGUAAAACAUGCAAAAUGAAGCCACAUUUUGCCAUAUUUUUAAUCAUAGUUUGAAAAAGACACAUUUCAAAAUGAUCAGUUAUCUGUUCAUGGUAACCAAUAGUUAUUACUCAAAUCACAGUAUUAUCUAAUUAUAAUAAUAAUGGACUAGAUUUCUAUAGCGCUUCUCAAGACACCCAAAGUGCUUUACAGUACUGAUCCAUUAUUUAUUCACUCACAUUCACACUUGGUAGUAAAAUCACCGAAUCAUGCAGCUCUACAUCCUGAUAUGUUAAUAUACUCACUGAAAAAUAAGCUUUUUGUUGUCUGUUUUCCUGUCCUUUUUUUUUUUUCCCCUGAUUAUCCAAAGUUUUGGCCAGGUUGGCUCUACAGUCUACCUCUGCAUACCACACAGUUUUAGAAACUGUCCAUGAAGCAACUAGUUUGCUUUUAUCAUCUUGUAAUAUUGGCUUAUGUUUGUAUUAACCUCUUUCCACUUCAUCAUCACCCAAAACUCAAAUCAGCUUCUACUUAGUUAUAACACAUCAUGACCAACAAACACUGUUACAGAGUCUGUUCCAUCACAACAGCACCUUAAACAGCAAAAAAAAAGGUAAUGUUUCAACCAUACUGUGAACAAUCAACAUUAAUGCAGUACUGUCAUGGAAUAUUGUCACUGUAAAUGACCAAACCAAAAUCAAGCAUUUUUAUUAUCAUUCUCCAGUUUUGUAAUAAAAUGUGGUUGUAGUGUCCUUGAAACUAGUUUCUCUACACUGUCAUCAUCUUAAAAUGGUAUAUGCCGAUGGUCAUAUCAUUGAAGUAAAAUGGACUUGGUCAUCAGCUUUUGUAAAUGAGCUAAAGGACAUGUUGUAUUGAGGUGGUCUUGCUUCUUCUCAUAGAACUGAUGAUGCUGCUGAAGCUGUUAAAGUGUCAAACACACACUGUUCUUUUCCACCACUCCAUUUGUCACACUUUUUGUGUUAUUGUGCUGCAGUUGAUUUGUCUUCAAACAUGGGCAGUUGUUACAGAAAAUUAAUAAAACAUUAAUAUAUCACCACGUGGAUGUUUGUCUUGACCACUUGUAGAAUAAAGUAACAAGUCAA